AUGAAGCAAACUUUAAGUCCAAUAACAAAUGAAUGAAACAGCACAACUCCUUCAUUGCAUUCUAAAGACAGUUUAUCAUCUUUUGAUUCGCUAAACUAUGAUAUCAUUAAAAGAGAAGAAAUUUUGGCAAGAUUAAAAACAGAAAGCAAAAUGCUUGAAAGCGACUUCAUCUCAACAAAGAACAGCAAAGUAAUUGAAAUGGAGACAGAGGCUGCAAAACUUCAAGAAAAACUGUAAUUUUUAUUAAGAGAGCAGGAACUAGACGAAAUGGAAACUCUAAACAACAUUUUAAACCGAACAAGAUCUAAUAUGGAUGCAAUGAAAGUUUUCGUCGAAAAGUUUCAGAUAAAGGAAAAAAUGAUAAGCUCAAGGGUCAAAGACACUGAAAAUAUAGUUGCCGAAGCUUUGGCUUCUAGCAGAGAUGUAAAAAAUGAGUUAAAGUUCCUUAAUAGAUAUGUUGAUUCUUUAAAAACUGCAACUUCUCAGAAAAAGCUUAUUUCCCUAUUCAUCUGAUCAAGCCAAUAUCCAUUGCUCGAUCAAGAUUUUAAGAACGAAUAUAUAUAAAUUUUAUAUUCAUUUUUUUCUAGAUAAAACGUUUACUAUAAACAAGAGAUAGAGUACGCAAUAUAUUAGCAAAUAUGUUAUAAAUCAAAUUGAAAUUGAAUAGGAGCAAUUAUCCUAUACUACCUCUCAGAUUCGUUAUUAUUAAAGAUAGGUAGUUAGAUUGAUGGAGUAACUUUCAUUUUUAUCAUAUGAAAUCCAUUCGAACAGGAAUGUAAAUUUAGUUUCCAAAUUUCAAUGUUGUUCUUCGAUUAAAGAUGGGAUGGAAGUUAGAACUCAAUACAAUGAGAACCAGAACUCAAAUAGCAGUGAAAAAAGUGAGAGUGAAGGAGAUUCUAAAGAAGAUGAAAUGGAAAUGUUGAAGGCAAUAUCAAAUAAGCUUACUACAGUAGAAAAAAUCACCUCUUUAAGAGUAAAAGAUGUCGAAGAAAAUAAAGUGAAAUCAGACACGCUUGACCAACUUAUAGGAACUGAAAGCAUUGAAUCGUGAAUUAAGGAGAUAGAAAGAAUACAAAUCAUCGAAGAAAGCUUGAGCAGGUCAAUUCAAGUACUAAUGGGAGAUUUAAGAAAGCUCGAAAGUGAAAAAUUAAAUUUAGAAGUAGAGCUUUCAAAUCUCAAGCAAAUUCAAGAUCUGCCCAAGUCCAAAGGGAAAUAUACAAAGGAAAAAGACAGAAAGCAUGAAAAAUAUAAAGAGGCAAAAAGAGCAAUGAAAGAAAGCAAAGGAAAAUGGACCUCAAUGUAUACCUCUGCAAUGAAAAUAUAUGAUCUUAUUAAUCUAUUACUAGCAAAUCUUGAUGAGCAAGAUGAAGAAGUAAUUGAAAAAGAUAAAUGAAUAGCAAAUAAAGAGCCGACUUCUCAGCAAGAAAUGAAAGAAUUUGAAAUUGCCACUUUGAAAAUUCUGGAACAGUGCAAAAAUAAGCUGGAUUCAAUGGAAAUUAGCAUAGUAGAUAGCAUUCAACGAAAGAGAACUACAAGACCAUGAGCAGAUCGCUCAUUAACAAUUAUUGAUGGGCGCCCUUUUAAAAAAGAAAUAUACACUUCUCGAAUGUAUGAGACUAUGACAACAGACACAGAAGCAAAGGACCCAGAAAGAAAGAUAAUGGCCAAGUUAUCAGCAUCAAUUAAUAACAAUGAUUUUUUCCACGGAACAAAUGAUGGGAAAAAGUCAAGAGGCGAUGCAUUUUCUCUGAAACAAGAACACAAUUUGCUUGUGCCUGCUGUAAAGAGCCCAAAAUCUGAGCUUGAUGAGCUGACAGGAAUCAAUAACUUUGACAAAAAGCUGAACACUCAUAAAAAAUGGCGUUGCGAAUCAACCUGUAGCCAGACGAGAGUCUGUGGAGCAUAGGAAGGGAGAACAACGUGCGGUGAGUGUGCCAAGCCAGGCUUUGCUUGGAGUAAUGUAGGGCUGGCUGACUAUCCAGGACAAGGCUUUACCUAGGGAGAAGGAACUUGAAAGUUGGAAACCAUACCUUUACUGGAGUCAGAUUGGCAAGCAGAAGCUGUUGUGAAGUAAGGGACGUAAAAAGGCUUCAUGGUUGAUUGGAUCUACUCGAUAAUAAUUAAGAUUAGUUAAGACAAAAAAGCUGCAAAAACUGUCCGCCUUAACUCACCAAAAACAUAAAAGCACAAAUCUUAAUGGCCAAUCAUUAAAGAUUCUUAGUCUAGACCUUGAGAGGAAAAUGUAAGCAAUAACUUAGGAGCCGAAUAGAGAAUAUAAAAACCAAAUCUUUGUCUAUAGGCAAAGAAACGCAAAAUCUCUACCUAAAAAAGUCAUUGGAAAAAAUCUCUUUUCCAGCCAUCUCUAGGAAUUCAAAAACACAACGAAAUGACUCAAAAUAUAAGAAAUUGAGUUAG